AUGGAUAUCCGUGACAAGGUAUCUAGGAAGUGGAAUGUCUGUAUAUCUAGAAAUAUGGCUUUCAGAGCAAAAGCAAUUGCAAGAGAUGCUGUUGAUGGUUCAUUCUCGGAGCAAUAUAGAAGAAUAUAUGAUUAUGCACAUGAGCUUUUGAGAGGAAAUCCAGGUUCUACAGUGAAGGUUAAAGUGGAAAACAUUGAUGGUGAAGUCAUAUUUAGUAGGUUUUAUGCAUGCCUAAAGGCAUGCAAAGAUAGUUUUGCCGCAUGUAGGCCCAUUAUUGGAGUGGAUGACUGCUUUUUGAAGGGCAAGUAUGGUGGAGAGUUAUUGACAGCAGUUGGAAGAGAUGGCAAUGACCAAAUUUUGCCAAUAGCAUAUGCGGUUGUAGAAGUGGAGAACAAGGACUCAUGGAGAUGGUUCAUGGAGCUUCUAAUAAAUGAUUUGGGUGGGGAUACAGUCGGUGCAUCAUGCACCUUUAUAUCAGAUCAGCAGAAGGGUCUGUUUCAAGCUAUCCAAGAACUGCUUCCUGGAGUGGAUCAGGGAUAUUGUGUCCGACAUCUCUAUGCCAAUUUUCGAAAGCAAUUUCCAGGAAAAAACCUCAAGCGUCUCAUGUGGCUGGCUGCAUAUUCCACAUAUCCACAAGGUUGGGAGAAAGAAAUGCUGAAAAUUAAGGAGUUGAAUGAGGACGCAUUCAAAUACUUAAUAGCGAUUCCCCUAAGGUUCUGGUCAAGAUCACGGUUCACUAUAAGACCUCAAUGUGACACUAUGGUCAACAACAUGUGUGAGUCAUUCAAUAGUGUGCUACUUCAAACUCGGACCAAGCCCAUCAUAAGCAUGUUAGAGGAUAUCCGAGGGAAAUGGAGUGUCAGUGGAAUUCCAUGCUGUCACGCCCUAUGUGCAAUCAAAUUUUUGAACAUUAAUGCAGAAGAUUUCAUUCCAGAUUGCUUUAAAAAGUGUACUUAUGAACAAACAUAUGCAUCGAUUGUUUACCCUAUCAAUUGUGAACAAGUGUUGGAAGUAACUUCUUAUCUAGAUGUCAUGCCUCCAAAAAAACGUAUCUUGCCUGGAAGACCUAAGAAGAAGAGAAGAUUGGAGCCAUGGGAGUUAAAGAAAGAUGAUACUCAAAUGUCUAAUGGGGGGUUUCGUAAGAGGUGUAGUGUAUGCAGGGAACUUGGACACAACAGGAACUAUUGUCCUAUUCGACCACAGCAGACUAAAUCACAACCUGCACCACAAUCUGGCCCAACACCUAGUCCAUCACAACCUGGCCCAACUGGUGCUUCAUCACAAUCUGCACCACCACAAUCUGCUUCAUCACAAUCUGCUGCAUCACAAUCUGGGCCAGCAAAAGAUGCUCCACCACAAUCUGCUUCAUCAAAUUCUGCUCCAUCAAAAUCUGGGCCAGCAACAAUUGCUCCACCAAAAUCUGCUUCAUCACAUUCUGCUCCUCCACAUUCUGCUCCACCAAGCCAACAAACAACAGGGCCACCAAAUACGCGCCCAACAGGUGCAGUCCAACCAAUGAGGACCAAGCUAAAAGCUAGAAGGAGACGUGUUUGGAAGCCAUGA